AUGUCGGAUGUUCCGAUGCCGCCGGAUCUACUCGCCCAAAUCCUCUCAUGGUUGCCGGUAGCUCCGCUUCUGCGAUUCAGGUCUGUUUCCAAAACCUUUCGUGCCCUAAUUGAUAGCGACUAUGUGAUUAAGCUCCAACUCAAUCACUCACUCCAAACCAACACUAAUCUCAAUAUCAUUUUCGGCGGUGAUAGAACGCUUUGCUAUCUUAACUUAGAUUCAUCUGCUAAAGUUGUUAACAAAAUAGAUAACCCUUUAUACUUUGCAAUUUUCGAAACUGUAAUUCUGGGUUCCUGUAACGGCGUGGUGUGCCUGUGUACGACUGAACCGGAUAAUGAAAUUGCGUUUUGGAAUCCAAUCGUCCGGAAAUUUAAGAAAAUACGGUUAGCCCCAGCGAAAUGUUCAGAAGGUCUUGGUCGAGGAGUAUGCAUCAAGGGUUUUGGUUACGACCAUGUGCACGAUGACCACAAGGUGGUGAGAUUGGUUCAGUAUUGUAGCUUGCAUAAUGAACUUGUUCACUCGAAGAUAGAGGUUUUCAGCUCAAAAACAGAUGCAUGGAGAGAAGUUGGGGAUUUCCCUUACUACCUUUGUUACAGAAGAAACUUCAAUACAUUUACUACGGGUGCUUUGCAUUGGUUGGUGAGUCAAAAACCUGGAAAGAGGGUUGAUUUUCUGAUUGCUGCUUUUGACCUCACAAAUGAUGAGUUGCGAUUGGUUCCCCGACCUGAACUUUCAAACGAGCAUUUCCAUGUCAAUUUGGCUAUAUUGGGAGGAUGUCUGUCUAUGGUCUGUCAUUAUCCCAUGAAAAAUGUAGACAUAUGGGUGAUGAGAAGUUAUGGAGUCAAAGAUUCAUGGACUAAGUUGAUUUCAACCACAGAUGUGAAGCUCAUCAGGGAAUUGGAUUUCUUGAGGCCUGUUUCGUAUUCCAAGAGUGGUGAUGAAGUGCUCUUUGAAAAGAACUUUGACAGCCUUUACUGGUAUCAUCUUGAGAACAAGACAGUGAAAAGAUUUAAGGUUGCUGGCAUGCCAAGGCUAUUUGUUACUGAAACCUUUACAGGAAGCCUUUUUCAGGUGAACAUUGGGGUUCCGGCUUGUACUUUAAAGAAAGAAGAUCGAUGAAGACCUCACCUCAUGGGAAAUCAUAUGGAAAGAUGUUUGGGUUUUUCGUUAAAGAUAUAUAACGUGUUAUGAAAUCCUGGUGUAAGAGUCUUAACUUAGAAUAGGUGGGUAUGGAUUAGUGUUGUCUACAAAAAUACAUUUAAUUAGGAGUUUUUGAUGGUUGAAUCCUGUUUAAAUGACUUUGCUUGUGUGUAUCCAAGGAUUGUUUGUUGACUUAACAGCUUUCACCGAAGUAUCUGCUUCGAGUAUACAAUAAUAAUACUCAUCAACUGCCUUCUAUAUACAUACUGAAUCUUUGUAAUAUUCGGUUUGGAUUAUGUUCUAUUUUUGUUGGUUG